UACUUAAACAGCUUUCCAGCACCCAGCGGGCCUUUAGGGGAACUCUGUGGCUCUGCAAACGUUAAGUCUGAUAGUUACACCUGAGAAAUCUGGAAGACCUAAGGUGUUCAAAAUGUCUAUCGCCCAGGCAGCGGCCAAGGCCUUGUUAUCUGAUUCCCUGCUGCAGGAAGGAACGGUGAUAAACCGGAUUCAUCACCUGGAGCUGGAGCUUCCUCUGGACAGGGUCAUCAAGUUUGUGUCUGUGGGCCUGCCGCUGAUGCUGGUGUCCAUGGCCUUCGCCCGAGAGAUCUCCCUGGGGCCUCAGAUCAGCUGUUUCCCUCCGAGCAAUUUCACCAUCAAGCAGGCGAGCUAUGUGGACACAUACUGCUGGGACUCUCUUAUGCAUCACGAGUUUGACAGCGAUGGGAACUUCGAGGAACGCUCUCUCUGGGUACACAAAAUGUUCCCAUACUCUCUCCUGGCCAUGGCAGUGUUGAUGUACCUACCAGCUCUAAUCUGGCGCCAGCUCGUGAUGCCCACACUGGGCUCCGACCUGCUCUUCAUCAUCGAUGAACUCGACAAGUCUUACAACCGAUCAAUCAGAAUGGCUCAAAGCAUUCUGGAUAUGCGACAGCAAACCAAGAACCCCCUCACAUUUCAGGCCGAGCUGCAACGGGCCAAGAGGAAGCGGUACUUUGAGUACCCCCUGCUGGAGAGAUACAUGCGGUGCAAACAGCAGUCCUACUUCCUUGUGAGCAUGCUGUUCUUGCGGGGCUUCCUCCUCCUGACCUUCAUGACAGCUGCCUGUCUGUACCUGGCCUACUUCCACCUCUCUGCCUUCCUGCAGGAUGAGUUCAGCUGCUUUGUCCGCACAGGCAUGCUGCGGGAUCAGAACUGGGUUCCAGAGCUGGUUCAGUGUAAAAUGAUUGGCCAGCUGGUGUUUCAGGUUAUAAGUGUGGCUAACGGUGCUAUCUAUGUGCUGUUGGGUCCUAUCGUCCUGUUCAGCCUGCUCCGCCUCUUUGUUUGGGACACCACCUUUAUCUCCGUCUACGAGGUCCUCCCGGCCCUGGAUCUGAUCAACCAGCGCAGGCUUGGCUGCCCACUCAACGACCUCAAUGUCCUCCUGCUCUUCCUGCGAGCCAACGUAGCACACCUGAAGUCUUACGGAAACGUCAGGGCGUUGUGCUCACUGGCGCCACCACAGGUAGGCAAUGCUUCCGCAGGCCAAGGACUGGAUGCAAUGCUAACCCAAGAAGAGAUAGAGGAGCGUGAAGAGGCAGCAAAGGAGCUGUCAGAGGAGGUGGAGGAGGCCAAGGAGGAAGGGAAGCUCAGCCUGGUGGAUAUCAUGACCAUUCUGGGAGCAGCUCAGGGACGAGUGGUGAACUGCAGCGAGAAAAGACCUAUCAUCGAGGAGAACAUGAGCCUGGGUACUGUGACACUUAUUUACACACUCAAACGCAUUCUGUUUGCGGCUAUCUUUGUCUACAUUAUUUGGGAUGUACAAAAAAUUAUUAAGUGACCUCCAAAGUACAGACACAAAGUUUUAAAUACACAGUAAAACCAUGAGUUCUCAAUGAACACUGACCACAGAGUGAGGUUAUUCUUAACAUACUUGUUUAGGCAUUCUGACCUUUUAUCUCUUUUGUCAUAACUGAAUACUGUGUUACUUUUCAAUAUACCACAAACAGCUGCAUUGUCUUCACAUUACAAAACGUGAAGACAGUCUGAAUGUACAUCAGUCAAUGUAAUAAGAACAAAUAUCUUUGGGCACUUUAGAAACGGAGUAGGUCUACAUCAUACUCUUUGUUGUGUUAGAUUAUAUACAAGACCAGGACAAGUUAUUGAAACUCUAUUGGAAAAUGUACCAUUACAGCCCUCCAUAACUGGAGCACAUUAAUGGUAACAGCGUAAUUUAUCAGGAAAAAAAACGUACAUCUUUGCUGCUUCAGAAUGGCUCUGGCCCAGUUAUUCCACAGACUUGAGAAUAAUCUUUACCUUGAGCUGAUUCCUGUACGUACAAAACACACACAACAAUUCUUCUAUAUAGCUCACAAUGAAAAGACUGUGAAAGUUAACUUUCCCCUUUAGUAACGACUGAAGUUGUUCUGCUUUCCUUCUUUCCUUUAAAACCAAACUGAAUUGCCAAUCUGAAAUAAUACUUAAAAAGCGCUGGCUAAUGUAGGAGAGAUAGAUUUGUGGUACUUCUCAGCCCUAACUGCCCUCUCUGUCUCUUCACAGAGCCAAACCACCAGGGGUACCAUGAGUUGAAGGAGACCGCACCAUUUAGUCAUUACUAGGCCUCCUAAGGACUGAAUCAAUGUGAUAACAGUAGGGGGGCUGUAAAUCCAAGAGUACUUUACCCACAAAGACCAUGGACAGUAUAGCAAUCAGGCUUUUUGGUUAUUGCAGUCUGAAGAUAAAAUUACCUCUUUUAGAAUAACUGGGGAAAUUAGUCCCGACUGAAAAUGUCGAUCCUUUUUGAUUUGUCAGUUUUCAGCUUCUUGCGUCUUAAGACUCAAGCGUACUUUCCUUCUCUCUGGAGUUUAGUUGUCGAGUAGGGAGGGGGCGAGAGUGAGAGUGUCUUUUGUAACUACUGUGUCAGGACACAGUGUAAGAUGAUGUUUGUUAUCAUGGCUCGUGUAGAGAACGUUAUUACUGUAAGUUACGAAAGAAUAAAGUAGGUAAUGUCAGUCAAGAGACAGAAACACUCUCAGUUAAAACUACAGAUCAAAAAGACAGUUUCUUUGUACAUUAACCUCGUGAGUGUGAUGGGUUGUUUCACAUUUUUGAAUCUUUAUGUUCAUGUUAUUUACUUUAUAGCAACCUUAGUUGA